CUACAUUCAACAGCAACAUCCCAUUUUCAGACAGAUUGUUUACCUUCCUGAGCGUUUCCGCAUUAUCAGACACACCAGACAGCGAAGGGGGAACGUGAACGGAAUCAGCCAAGGGGCACUUUGGAGAUGUGACGAAUUGAGAGAGAUUGGUGAUUUUUAAGCUGCCUGUGCAUUGACACGACCUCUUGACCUAAUCUUCAGCAUGAAUGGUGAUAUGCCUCAUGUUCCCAUCACUACUCUUGCUGGAAUUGCUAGCCUAACAGACUUGUUGAACCAGCUGCCUUUGCCUUCUCCUCUUCCUGCCACCACUGCUAAGAGUCUGCUCUACAAUGGAAGAAUCUCCGAAGAGGUCAGCAGCCUGCUGGUGUGUCGAGACGAGAAUCUGGUGACUCAGCUGGCACAUAGCCUUAACCAAGUCUCCACUGAACACAUAGAGCUGAAGGACAACCUUGGAAAUGAUGAACCUGAGGGUGACAUGCCCAUACUUCUUCAAACUUUACUGUCCAGGAACCCAAGAAUCUUCAGGGACAAAAGUGUACUGCAGCAGCCAUUGAUACAGCAGUAUAAGAUUUCUCAGAAUCAGGUUCAUGGGAGUCCAGGAUUAAACUAUCAGCAAACCACUGUCGCUCAAAGUCCCUCUGGAUGCUUUUCAUCGCCACAGUCUGGUUCAGCUACUCAGUUUGUACCCCAGCAGAACAGUCCUAUACCUAGUCCUUAUACCCCUCAGAGUCCUGCAGACUACAUUCAGUACAAUCCACCCAGUUAUUCCCAUCAUCAGCAGACUCAGCAAGUUUCUAGUGGUGUGAGAAAUAUCCAUGACAGCAAAGUCUCUGGACAGCUAUCAAGUAAUUCAUCUAAUCAUAAUACAAGACUAGCCUCAGAUGAAGACUAUAUGAAUGUUGCUCACAGACUGGGAAACGAGGAGAAUGAAUCUUCUGUGAAGGCCGCUGCAUUUUCCGUUAAAUCAUCUCGACCUGUGUGUUCCCCUGCUGGACGUGAAGAGACUGCAAAAAUGUCCAGGCCUUCUCUUAUCAUGCAGUCACCUUCACCUGAUGUGCCACAAGGUGCAGCUCCUGAUCUUCUCCUCUCCACCCCUGACCGAAAAAAGAAGCAAAGGGGAAGGAGCAAAGAAGAAAAUGAUCAUAUGGACAAAAAUGCCUUGUAUGACAUAGUCAGUUCUCCAUCAAAGGACUCAACUAAGCUGACUAUCAAACUGUCCAGAGUGAAGAUUCCGGAUGUAAAUCAGUCAGAAGAACAUCCCCCUGUGUCACAUAUGGACUCAGACCCUGAAACAGUUAGGAUAAACAGUAAUAAUAUUCAGCUGUCAAAUACUCCCCAGGACUUUUCACACAAGUUUGAGGCUGAGGAGCUGGCAAAUUGUCAGCAGGUUGCUAUGCAGCCAAAUUCCAAGGACACCGGGAUCAUUGGUGGGAUUGUGUUUGAUGAUUCUGAAAUGGAUGCAGUUGCAGAAAUUGAGAGAAUAGAACGUGAAUCAGCCAGUGAGCGAGAGCGGUGCUCUAAAGAAGUCCAGGAUAAAGACAAGCCACUGAAAAAACGGAAACAAGACACAUAUCCUCAGGAACCGGGAAUUGAGGCAAGUGAGGGGCCCACUGUACACAGCAGCAACAGCAUCAGCAAGCUGACACCGAAGAAGUCGAGCACUGCAAGUAAUGGUGCCAGUCGGCCUGCCUUGAUGGUCAGUAUUGAUCUGCAACGAGCUGGCAGAGUGAUUGGACAACCCGUAGUCAUCUUGGAACCACAGCCAUUGUGUGAAGAUCACAUACGACGUCUCAAGAGAAAUGCUGAUGGAAAGGUCAAUAAAAAUGUUGAGAACCAAGCUGGGAUCAAAAGACAACUGCCUGAGACUCCUCAGAAGUCUGGCUUGGAUUCACAACUAGAAACCCAGAAGCAGGAAAGCCACUGUGAAUCAAAACAGAAACAUGACAGUAAAAGUGACAGUGACAAGGGACACCCAGAUGACAGACAGCCAGACAUGACGCGGCAGAAACAUGACAGGCAUUCAGACCUGCACAACAAAGAGGAAAAUAAUAACAGUCGUAGAUCCCAUGCUAUCAGACCAGAGAUUCCAAAAACUGGUAGCAAAGCGGACAACAACUCCAUACACGAAGAAGCCAAAAGCAGGGAUUUAGAAAGGGUUAGGGGCAGAGAAAGACAGAGGGACAGUGAUGGAGACAGGGCCAAACUCAAAGAUAAAUACAAAUCCAGAGACAAAGACAGGGUGAAAUACAAAGACACUGACAAAGACAGAGAAAAAGGACGGGAGAGAGACAAAGACACUGACAGAGAAAAAGGCAGAGAUAGAGACAAAGACACUGACAAAGACAGAGAAAAAGGACGGGAGAGAGACAAAGACACUGACAGAGAAAAAGGCAGAGAUAGAGACAAAGACACUGACAGAGAAAAAGGCAGAGAUAGAGACAAAGACACUGACACAGACAGAGAAAAAGGCAGAGAUAGAGACAAAGACACUGCCAAAGACAGAGAAAAAGGUAGAGAUAGAAACAAAGACACUGACACAGACAGAGAAAAAGGCAGAGAUAGAGACAAAGACACUGACAAAGACAGAGAAAAAGGACGGGAGAGAGACAAAGACACAGACAGAGAAAAAGGCAGGGAGAGAGACAAAGACACUGAUAAAAACAGAGAAAAAGGCAGAGAGAAAAACAGAGAAAAAGGUAGGGAGAGGGACAAGGAUGGUGACAGAGACAGAGAAAAAGGGAGGAAAAGAGACAAAGACAGUGAAAGAGACAAAGAAGAUGACAGGGAGAGACAAAAAGUUAGGGACAAAGACAGAGAAAGAGACAAAGGCAGAGAAAAAGAUGUGGACAGAGACAAAGAGAGGGAGAAAGUCAAUGACAGGGAGAUAGAUAAAGACAGAGAUAGGAGUAGGAAGCAGAAGACAUUGUCCAGAGAAAAUUGUAACAGAGCCUCACCUGACCGGCACUCUAAAGCUGACAGUCCUAAAAUGAAGCAAGAUGGAAGCAAAAAAUCACCUGACAUCAAUGGUCGACAGAGAACAAGCAGUUCCAGCCUUCAAACCUCCAAGAAUAAAGAACACAGGACGAGUGGGUUUAGUAGCAUUAGCUGCCUUGCUGGAAACAAACAGCAGGCCUAUGAGACAAAACUUAGCGAGUUCCCUUCUUACCUGCUGGGUGGCAAUUCAGGAAGUCUUAAGAACUUUGUGAUUCCUAAACUAAAACAAGAAGGAACAAAUAAAGAUCUCCAGCUCAAAAGUAAAUUGUUACAGAGCUGGAGUGAACCACUUGUAAGGUUGGAGAGAGUGUCACUGAUCAAGAACUUAAACAAAAGAGCCAAACCUGUCGUAUUGCUUCAGAGACUUGGCAUUGAGGAUGUAAAAAGGAUCAUUAAGGAAAGCAGGAAUGCACACAGCUCCAGAUACAAGAACUGGUCCUCUGACAAAUCAGCAAGAGAGACAUAUUUUGAGAAGGCAAAUAAGCGAAGGCACAGUAUGGUUAGUAAGAGAUCCAAAUAUGUUGAGGUGGACUCAGAUGUUGACAAGACUGAUGAUGAUGAGGAGGAGUCUGACUCUGACAAUGAGUCUGCAAGGAAAAGGUUCAAGAAAAACCAUGACAAGACAUGGAAGUUUGAAGAGAAGAGAGGAUCUAGGGAUCACCACAGAAGUGGAGGUUUUAACUCUCGUCGGGGUUCAGGUGGUCGUCAUCGGGAAUGGGACGGUGAUGAUUCCGAUGAGGGAUCUCCCCCACAAAGUCUAAACGACUAUGCCAGAAAAAUGAAGAAGGAGAAACAUAAAAACAAGAUGGCCUACAGUUCCAUGACACUAGAGGAAAAGAUUGACUCCUCUACAUUUAAGAGAUUUGCAUCCAAUAUAGACGGCAUCCUUGAGAACCUUGAAGACGUGGACCUCACUGCUGCAGAUGAAGAUGAUGAGGAGAUUCCUCAAGAGCUAUUGCUUGGAAAGCAGCAGCUGAGUGAACUAGGCAGUGAUUCAACCAAGAUUAAGGCUAUGGGUGUCUUUAACAAGUUUUCAUCUAGUAAACUGGUGAAAGUUUUGAAUAUACUGGAAAAGAACAUUCAGGACAGUGUCAAACUCUCCACCAUGAUGAGCCAUGAUAAAGAUGCAAUGGACGAGGAGCGUUUGUGGCGUGACCUGAUAAUGGAGCGUGUGACUAAGUCUGCCGAUGCCUGCUUGACUGCACUCAACAUAAUGACAUCUCCCCACAUGCCGAAGGCAGUUUAUAUAGAGGAUGUGAUUGAGAGGGUGUUGCAGUUCACAAAGUUUCACCUUCAAAAUACUUUGUAUCCUCAGUAUGACUCUUCCUACAGAGUGGAUCGCCAUGGAGGUGGUACACAUACUUCAAAGUCCAAGAGAGCAAAGUCUUCCACCCACAAACAGAAGGUGGUUGUCAGUCUCUACAACAAAGUAUGUGACAUUAUCAGCAACAUCUCAGAACUGCUGGAAAUCCAGCUGCUAACUGACACCACAGUUCUCCAGGUGUCCAACCUUGGGAUUACACCUUUUUUUGUGGAGAAUGUCAGCGAACUGCAGUUAUGUGCCAUCACAUUAGUGACAGCAGUUUUUUGUCGUUACAAGAAGCACAGGCAGCUUGUCCUUGAGGAGAUUUUUACCUCCCUGGCUAAACUGCCUACGAGUAAACGCAACCUCAGGAAUUUUAGGCUAAACAGCAGUGAUUCAGAUGGAGAGCCUCUGUUUAUCCAGAUGGUUUCAGCUCUUGUUCUUCAGCUAAUUCAGUGUGUGGUUCACUUUCCAUCUGAGAAAGAAACGGAUGAUGAACAUAACAAGAAGGUGGACAAAGAUGCUCUCAUCACAAACUCUUAUGAAACUGCCAUGAGGACGGCUCAGAACUUCCUCUCAGUGUUUCUGAAGAAGUGUGGCAGUAAACAAGGAGAGGAGGACUACAGGCCUCUGUUUGAGAACUUUGUUCAUGAUCUGCUGUCUGCAGUCAACAAACCUGAGUGGCCUGCAGCUGAACUGCUGCUCAGUUUACUGGGCCGACUCCUGGUGCACCAGUUUAGUAAUAAGCAGACAGAAAUGGCUCUCAGAGUGGCAUCGUUGGACUACCUCGGGACCGUCGCCUCUCGCCUGCGGAAAGAUGCUGUCUCUAACAAGAUGGACCAAAGAGCUAUCGAUCGCAUCUUGGAAGAGACUCCAGGCAGUAAUGAAAUACAGCAACUCCAGAAGGCUUUGGUCAACUUUUUGGAUGAAAACACUGAUACAGAUCCAGCUUUAGUGUUUGCCAGGAACUUUUACAUUGCCCAGUGGUUCAGGGACAGUACAACUGAGGCAGAAAAGGCAAUCAAGUCUCAAAAUGAAAACGAUGAGGACACUAAAGGUCGCCGUCACUCAAAGGAUAUUGACUCAAGUGGGGAGAUUAUGCAGAGGGCCGAGGCUCAAAAGAAAUUCCUCCGCAAGGUCAUCAAGACUUCAAAUUUCAGCUCAGCGAAGAUGAACUCUAAUGCAGUCGACUAUGAGGACUCCUGUCUGAUUGUCAGAUAUCUGGCUUCUAUGAGGCCGUUUGCACAGAGCUUUGAUAUUUAUUUGUCACAGAUUCUGAGAGUGCUAGGUGAGAGUGCCAUUGCAGUCCGAACUAAAGCUAUGAAAUGUCUUUCUGAAGUCGUGGCUGUAGAUCCAAGUAUUCUGGCUCGGUUGGAUAUGCAGCGUGGGGUUCAUUGUCGCCUCAUGGACAACUCCACCAGUGUACGAGAGGCUGCUGUGGAGCUCCUCGGCCGCUUUGUGCUAAGUCGACCUGAGCUGAUUGAGCAGUACUACGACAUGCUCAUUGAAAGGAUAUUGGACACAGGUAUCAGUGUGAGAAAAAGAGUGAUUAAGAUUCUGAGGGACAUCUGUCUGGAGCACCCAGACUUCCACAAGAUCACUGAGAUGUGUGUCAAGAUGAUCCGGAGGGUCAAUGAUGAGGAAGGGAUCAAGAAACUGGUGAAUGAGACUUUCCAAAAACUCUGGUUUUCCCCAACACCCAGCCAUGACAAAGACGCUAUGACCAGAAAGAUACUGAACAUCACAGAUGUGGUGUUAGCAUGCAAAGAUUCUGGUUAUGACUGGUUUGAGCAGCUUCUGCAAAAUUUGCUGAAAUCAGAGGAGAACGCUUCGUACAAACCCACCAAAAAGGCUUGCAUUCAGUUGGUGGACAAUUUGGUGGAACAUAUAUUGAAAUAUGAAGAGUCUCUUGCAGACUGUGAGGACAAAGGGGUCAACUCAGGUCGUCUUGUAGCAUGCAUCACUACUCUCUACCUGUUUACUAAAAUCAGAGCACAGUUAAUGGUUAAACACGCCAUGACUAUGCAGCCCUACCUGACCACCAAGUGCAAUACUCAGAAUGACUUCGUGGUGAUUUGCAAUGUUUCCAAGAUCCUGGAGCUUGUUGUACCUCUGAUGGAGCACCCAAGUGAGACUUUCCUCACCACCUUAGAAGAAGACCUGAUGAAGCUUAUCAUCAAAUACGGCAUGACGGUAGUACAACACUGCGUGAGUUGUCUUGGUGCUAUUGUGAACAAGGUCACACACAACUACAAGUUUGUUUGGGCUUGUUUCAAUCGGUACUAUGGUGCGCUGGCUAAGCUUAAGACACAGCAUCAGGAAGACCCUGGUAACUCCACUCUGGCUACAAACAAACCUACUCUGCUGCGUUCGUUAUUCACUGUGGGGGCUCUGUGUCGACACUUUGAUUUUGACCAAGAAGAGUUCAAGGGUCCUAACAAGAUUAUCAUAAAGGACAAAGUUUUGGAUCUUCUGCUGUAUUUCACCACUCAUGAGGAAGAAGAAGUCCAGAUCAAGGCCAUCAUAGGUUUAGGGUUCCAGUUCAUCAUGCACCCAGAGCUCAUGUUUGUGCAGGAUGUGAAGGUUCUGUAUAACAGCAUCCUAUCAGAUGAGAACAGUGUGGUCAAUCUGAAGAUCCAGGUGCUCAAAAACCUGCAGACCUACCUGCAGGAUGAAGACACUCGAAUGCAAGAGGCUGAUCGUGAAUGGAAGAACCAAGCCAAGCAGGAGGAUCUGAAAGAAAUGGGAGACAUCUCUUCAGGCAUGAGCAGCUCCAUAAUGCAGAUUUAUUUGAAGCAGGUGCUGGAGUCCUUCUUUCACUCACAGUCCUCUGUUCGGCACUUUGCCCUAAAUGUCAUCACAUUGACUCUCAGCCAGGGCCUCAUCCAUCCCGUACAGUGUGUCCCUUACUUGAUUGCCAUGGGAACAGAUCCAGAGCCAACCAUGAAGAACAAGGCAGACCAACAACUAGUGGAGAUUGAUAAGAAAUACUCCGGCUUCAUCCAUAUGAAGGCUGUUGCAGGUUUAAAGAUGUCCUAUCAGGUGCAACAGGCCAUAAAUGGAUCCAAAAAGGCUGUGAUCCGUGGUUUCCGUCAUGAUGACUCAGACGCAGCUCUCUGCUCUCAUCUCUACACCAUGGUCCGUGGAAACCGACAACAUAGACGGGCUUUCCUCAUCUCCCUGCUCAACUUGUUUGAUGACAGCUCUAAAACAGAGGUGAACAUGCUGCUGUUCAUAGCAGACAACUUGGCCUGCUUCCCUUUCCAGACCCAGGAGGAGCCUCUUUUCAUCAUGCACCACAUAGACAUUACUCUGUCUGUCUCUGGUAGCAACCUGCUCCAAUCUUUUAAGGAGUGUUUACAGAAGCAGCCUGUGAGGCAGGAAAAGAAGGUAAACACAAAAAAGAGGAAGAAGCACCACUCUCGGAGGAGGAAAAGCAGCUCUGAUGACGAUAGUGAAGAUGAAGAUGAAAAGAACAGCAGUUCAUCCAGCAGCAGCAGCAGCAGCGAUGAGGAUGAUGACGAAGUCCACAGGCAUAAGAAAACUGCAGCCGCUGACUCAGACUCAGACAUGGAAGAUGAGGAUGCAGUGAUGGACCGUCUGCCUGAGAACACCACCCCUCUGCUGGAGUUUGCCAGUGCUUCACAGGGUAUUCUGCUGCUGCUGGUGCUCAAACAGCACCUGAAAAAUCUAUACGGCUUCUCAGACAGUAAAAUCCAGAAGUACUCACCAACAGAGUCUGCCAAAGUGUAUGACAAGGCAGUGAACAGGAAAUCUAAGGUGCACUUCAACCCUGCUCUGACACUGGAUUACCUGAAGAGCGAUCUUGCAAACAGAGAACUCAGCUACGAGGCUAAGCGGAAUAUUGUCAAACAAUAUCUGGAUUUCAAGGUACUGAUGGAGCACUUGGAUCGAGAUGAAGAGGACGAGGAGGGAGGCGAAGCAAAUGCCAAUGCCAGAAACAAAGCCAUCACCUCUCUGCUGAAGGGCUCAAAACCCCGGAUCCACAACCACAGUAAUCACACUGCUCCAGUGGACACAGAUGAUGACGAGAGUGAGGAUGACGAUCCUCCUGCGCGAAAACCAAGGAAAGGUGAAGAUUCUGCUGAGGAUUCAGGUCACAUGAACAAGACAGUCGAUGUGAGGGACGUCAUUGCCAUCUGCUGUCCCAAAUACAAAGACCGACCACAGAUUGCCAGGGUUGUCCAGAAGACCAGAAAUGGCUACAGUAUACACUGGAUGACCGGAACUUACUCGGGACCAUGGGCUGUGGCAAAGAAACGGGACGGUCGCAAAAAGGUGCCUUGGGUGGACAAUAUCAAAGAAUCAGACAUUAUUUACAAGAAAAUCUUCUUGACAAGUGGACAAAAGCUCACGAACAAAGUUGCACAGACGUUACGGGCGCUGUACGCAGCCAAGGAGGGGACUAAGAGUUAAUAACCGAAGUUACUCUGACAGCCUUCACAGCCCAAAUCUAUGGAUUUACUAUGUUAAAUACAAAGAAAGAGUUAACAUCUUUAGAUUAAAGGCAAUGCUGGAAGAAAAAUAUUGUGAACACUUGCAUUUUUAAAUACAGACAUGUGUAAGUUAAACACAAGGAAAACAGAAAAGAAAAUGUUGGGAAAACAUUGUGUGGGAGUUCCUUCGCUGUUGUGCAGCAACUUGGUUGUUUGAUUUUUACUCCCACUGUAUCAUAGUUUAACUAAAAACCUGUUUAUAUCUGAACAUAAUUCUGUAAAAAAUGAAGUGAAUGUUGGAAAUUAGUGUAUUGAUGAUGUUCUUAAUAAAGUGUUUUGGAAUUAUAA